AUGUUCCAUCGACUAGACCAUCUGCCACCCCAACGCGGCCUAGAUAGCUCCUUCUCUUGCUACACGACACUCGAUGGCUUGCCUCACCGAUCCUACGCUCUCUACCUCCUGCGACGAUGUGCCUACAUCAUCGGACCUAUCAUGCGCCGGCAUGGCUGGACUGUCCCAAUGCUGCAUGAGCUCUCGCCGUACUCUUCUUGCCAUGGCAUGUGCCUGACUCGAAAGCGAUACAACACAAAUCGUUUUGGGAUGACCACGACCGAGAUCAUGCCGUUAAACAUAGAGUUGCGUCUACGUGAUGAUCGCGAUCCACGUCGCUUCAUCCAUACGAAUGAUUUGAUAAGUACUAUACUGCAUGAACUUGCGCAUUUUGCGUAUAGGCGGCAUUUCAUAAGGUUCUACAAAUUCAAUGCGAUAUUAUUGAGCGAACUAGUCAAAGACGUCGAGUCUGGGGAGCUACGUCGGCGUGUAGACUGGCGCGAUGUUCCAAUAGGCAUUGCGGGGAUGGAAGAGAUUGUGUGCACGAUGACUGGAGAUCUGAAGAAGACAUUUGCGGAGAUGAUUGGCGUUGGGAAGAAAGAUCGGUAUAGGUAUAGGAUGUGGGAGCCGCACAUGAAAGCAUCAUCUUCAAGAUGGGCUUGA